UUUGACCACAUUCCCAUUUUGGACAUCAGUCGCAUGUGGUCGGAUGACUUUGAAGAGAGAAAGAGCUUGAGCACAGAGCUCCGAGAAGUGUGCUCCAAGGUCGGAUUUUUCUACGCGAAGAACCAUGGUGUUCCCAAGGAGAUCGCCAGCGGCCCUUUUCGUCAGGCCAGAAACUUCUUCAGCCAGCCAAUGGAAAAGAAAAUGGAGGUGUAUACAGGGUUGCUACCGGAAAAUUGUUACUAUGGAUACCACCCACUGGCCGAGUACAAUAUGAACGGCAAAAAGUACAACGAUUUGUACGAGGCCUUCAACUUCGGGUACGAAUUCGAGGAGGACCCUGAAAAGCCAACAGAGAAGCCCGACCACUACGAGAACUCGAAUAUGUGGCCAACGGGUAAGGGUCUGGAGAAUUUUAAAAAAGAGAUCUUUGACUACCAUCGACACCUGCUCACCCUAUCGCGGCGGCUGAUACGCAUCAUGGCGCUGGCCUUGGACUUGCCCGAGGAUUAUUUUGACGAGGCGGUCAAGUUCCCGGCAGCAGGCAUGCGACUCGUGCACUAUCCUCCACAGAAGGUGGAUGCCGAUGAGCAGGUUGGUAUUGGAGCCCACACAGAUUUUGAGUGCUUUACCUUGGUCAACCAGGACAUGGUGGGAGGCCUCGAGGUACUGAAUAAGAGCGGAAACUGGGUCAAGGCUCCCUACAUUGAGGACACAUUUGUGGUCAACGUGGCCGACUGUCUGAUGAGACUGACCAACGACACGUUUGUAUCCACCGUCCACCGAGUGGUUAACAAUACUUCGGGAACGGACAGAUAUAGUUGUCCGUUCUUCUUUGGAGUGGACAAGAGAUAUGUGUUGAAUCCGCUUCCCACCUGUGUCAGCAGCGAAAAACCAGCCAAGUAUCCGGUUACAACCUGCGGCGAGUAUCUCGCGUGGAGAGCAAGUCUUUCCAAGGCCAGAAGACAGAAA